AGCAUUUCCAAGACCGUGUGCUUGUGGGGUGUGGGGGAACUCACGGUGACCUUCCCCGCCUCAGGAAGACCUAAAAGGGAAAAGCAGCCCCCAGCGAGAUCCCCCCGUGCUGACGAUUUUCAGGGACUUGUUGGCAACUCAGCGAGGGUUGCCAUAGCUUUUUUAUGUAGGGUGACCAGAACCGGCUGAAACUGGUUUGAGGCAGAUCAGCUCCUGAACACAAUGCAGUCACUGAGCUACUACAGUGGGAUAGCAGCUUCCUCCCUUCAUGGCAGCCAAAAGCAGAGGAGCUUGCAGGAAGGCUAUGUUCUGUUUUGUGCUUUUCCUUUUAGAAGCUACUAAAGGGUGUUGGGGAUACUUCUGACUAUUAUGAAGGCCAAAAGGCCUGUUGACUGGGGCUGCUUUUAACCCUUUCAUGUUUGCAGAGAAUGCAACCGUGUGACAGUAACUGAACAUUGGUCCAAAGUCUUUCCAAAAGGUCAAGGUUCACAAGAACAUCUGAUCAAAUUCAUGACCAUGGGGGAUAUGAAGACCCCAGACUUUGAUGACCUCCUGGCAGCAUUUGACAUCCCAGAUAUGGUCGAUCCUAAAGCAGCUAUUGAGUCUGGACACGAUGACCAUGAAAGCCACAUCAAGCAGAAUGCUCACGUGGAUGACGACUCCCACACACCAUCAUCUUCAGAUGUUGGCGUCAGCGUCAUUGUCAAGAAUGUGCGGAACAUCGAUUCCUCUGAGGGCGUGGAGAAGGAUGGCCACAACCCCACAGGCAAUGGCUUACAUAAUGGGUUUCUCACGGCGUCCUCCCUUGACAGUUACAGUAAAGACGGAACGAAAUCCUUGAAGGGAGAUGUGCCUACCUCAGAGGUGACUCUGAAAGACUCAGCAUUCAGCCAGUUCAGCCCUAUCUCCAGUGCUGAAGAGUUUGAUGACGAUGAGAAAAUAGAGGUGGAUGACCCCCCUGAUAAGGAGGACAUGCGCUCAAGUUUCAAAUCCAAUGUGUUGACGGGGUCGGUUCCCCAACCAGACUAUGAUAAACUAAAGGCACUUGGAGGGGAAAAUUCAAGCAAAACUGGACUCUCUACGUCUGGCAAUAUAGAGAAAAACAAAGUUAAGAGAGAAACAGAAACAAAUUCUAUAAAUCUGAAUGUUUAUGAACCUUUUAAAGUCAGAAAAGUGGAAGAUAAAUUGAAGGAUAACUCUGAAAAGGUGCUGGAAAACAGGGUCCUCGAUGGGAAGCUGAGCUCCGAGAAGAAUGACGCCAGCCUGGCUGGCGUUGCAUCAUCCAAGACAAAAUCGUCCUCCAAGCUCUCAUCCUGCAUAGCUGCCAUUGCGGCGCUGAGUGCUAAAAAGGCGGCAUCAGACUCCUGCAAAGAACCUGUGGCCAAUUCAAGGGAGUCCUCACCAUUACCAAAAGAGGUCAAUGACAGUCCGAGAACGGCUGACAAGUCUCCUGAGUCCCAGAGUCUUAUUGAUGGGACCAAAAAAUCAUCCGUAAAGCAACCGGAUAGUCCCAGGAGUGUUUCAAGUGAGAACAGCAGCAAGGGAUCCCCAUCCUCUCCUGCAGGGUCUACACCAGCAAUUCCCAAAGUCCGCAUAAAAACCAUUAAGACGUCUUCUGGGGAAAUCAAGAGAACCGUGACCAGGGUGUUGCCAGAGGUGGAUCUUGACUCUGGGAAGAAGCCUUCUGAGCAGACGGCAUCCAUGGUGGCCUCUGUGACGUCUCUUCUGUCCUCUCCGUCGGCCGCGGUCCUUUCUUCUCCCCCCAGGGUGCCUCUGCAGUCGGCUGUCGUUACCAAUGCGGUUUCCCCUGCAGAGCUGACCCCCAAACAGGUCACUAUCAAGCCUGUGGCCACUGCUUUCCUCCCAGUGUCUGCUGUAAAGACAGCAGGAUCCCAGGUCAUUAAUUUGAAGCUCGCUAACAACACGACUGUGAAAGCCACGGUCAUAUCCGCUGCCUCUGUUCAGAGCGCCAGCAGCGCCAUCAUUAAAGCCGCCAAUGCCAUCCAGCAGCAAACUGUCGUGGUGCCUGCAUCCAGCCUGGCCAAUGCCAAACUCGUGCCAAAGACUGUGCACCUUGCCAACCUUAACCUUCUGCCUCAGGGUGCCCAGGCCACCUCUGAACUCCGCCAAGUGCUAACCAAACCUCAACAACAAAUAAAGCAGGCAAUAAUCAAUGCAGCGGCCUCACAACCACCCAAAAAGGUGUCUCGGGUCCAGGUGGUGUCGUCCUUGCAGAGUUCUGUGGUGGAAGCUUUCAACAAGGUGCUGAGCAGUGUCAAUCCAGUCCCGGUUUACAUCCCAAACCUCAGUCCUCCCGCCAAUGCAGGGAUCACGUUACCGUCGCGCGGGUACAAGUGCUUGGAAUGUGGGGACUCCUUUGCGCUGGAAAAGAGCCUGACCCAGCACUAUGACAGGCGUAGUGUGCGCAUCGAAGUAACGUGCAACCAUUGUACAAAGAACCUCGUUUUCUACAACAAGUGCAGCCUCCUUUCCCAUGCACGGGGGCAUAAGGAGAAAGGGGUGGUGAUGCAGUGCUCCCACUUAAUUUUAAAGCCAGUCCCAGCAGAUCAGAUGAUAGUCUCUCCGUCAAGCAAUACUUCUGCUCCAUCUUCCACUCUUCAGAGCUCGGUGGGCGCCAGCACACACACUGUAACGAAAAUCCAGUCUGGCAUAACUGGGACAGUCAUAUCAGCUCCUUCAAGCACACCCAUCACCCCAGCCAUGCCCCUCGAUGAAGACCCCUCCAAACUCUGUAGACAUAGUCUCAAAUGUUUGGAGUGUAACGAAGUCUUCCAGGACGAGACGUCGCUAGCUACACAUUUCCAGCAGGCCGCAGAUACGAGUGGACAAAAGACUUGCACUAUCUGCCAGAUGCUGCUUCCUAACCAGUGCAGUUAUGCAUCACACCAGAGAAUCCAUCAGCACAAAUCUCCCUACACCUGCCCUGAGUGUGGGGCCAUCUGCAGGUCGGUGCACUUCCAGACCCACGUCACCAAGAACUGUCUGCACUACACACGGAGAGUUGGUUUUCGAUGUGUACAUUGCAAUGUUGUGUACUCUGAUGUGGCUGCACUGAAGUCUCACAUUCAAGGUUCUCACUGUGAAGUCUUCUACAAGUGUCCUAUUUGUCCAAUGGCGUUUAAGUCUGCCCCAAGUACACAUUCCCAUGCCUACACACAGCACCCUGGCAUCAAGAUAGGAGAACCAAAAAUAAUAUAUAAGUGUUCCAUGUGCGACACUGUGUUCACCCUGCAAACCUUGCUGUAUCGUCACUUUGACCAACAUAUUGAAAACCAGAAGGUGUCUGUUUUCAAGUGUCCAGACUGUUCUCUUUUAUAUGCACAGAAGCAACUUAUGAUGGACCAUAUCAAGUCUAUGCAUGGAACAUUGAAAAGUAUUGAAGGGCCUCCAAACUUGGGUAUAAACUUACCUUUGAGCAUUAAGCCUGCAACUCAAAAUUCAGCAAAUCAGAACAAAGAGGACACCAAAUCCAUGAAUGGGAAAGAGAAAUUGGAAAAGAAAUCUCCGUCUCCUGUGAAAAAAUCAAUGGAACCCAAGAAAGUGGCCAGCCCUGGGUGGACGUGUUGGGAGUGCGACCGCCUGUUCACACAGAGAGAUGUGUAUAUAUCCCAUGUGAGGAAGGAGCACGGGAAGUUCCUGUCCAUAAAGUCCAAUGUACCAGCCUCAUA